AUGUUCAGCGCAGGCGUGGAGGUGGCCUGCCUCCUGGCGGAUGUGGCAUUGCUGGAAAUGGACGCCGUCUGUGCAGAAUUCUUCCAGGCCGAUUGGUAUGCCGACGACGAGAACGUCGUUAUGCACAAGGCGUGCAAACUGUUAAACGUCGGCAUCACCCGUCUCGAGAGCCAGAUAGUAAAGGAACCCUUCUUUGACCACAUCAUUGGUGCAGCGACGGAAAAGAUCGCCUUCCGAUACCUGGCCGGUCUGGUGCAUCGGUGCAAAGAUCACCAAUCCGGCGGAAAGAUGAUAACGGAAGAGGAGCUGGAGCGGAUGCAGAGCGACGUGGAGAUGAUGCAAAGCUUUGUCGCCAAGUACGGGCAAGCAGGCGUAACGAGCGUCUUGCACUUGAAGGAGGCAAUUGUUUUCUUGACGGAGAAGCCAGAAAUUAUCCAGCAGGUCGUCUUCGUUGACAUCCUCAAGAGGCACGAGGGAAAGGAAGAACACGUGAUGAGCAUGCUCAAGACGCUUACGGCCGUCCGGGACGAUCUACGCAACUUUUUCGUUCCCGCUUGGCUCAACAAGCCGUCGCUGAAUAAACUUGCGGACCGUGAACAAACUCUGCUGGCGGGGGCAAUAAUUGUUACUUUAGCAUCUACGUUUGACAGCUAA